UUAUGUACCACAGCUAUCGCUCUAUGCAGCUCAGCGUCGAAUGCCCGUUUGGUUUCGUCGGUUCCAUGUGUAAUUGUUAACUUCGGCGUCUCGGAGCAUUGCGGCUCAGGCUUCUGUAGUGCAGUCCGCAUACACGUACACGUGGUAUAUCGCACACGCAGGCAAUCUCUUUUUGUGCCGUUCUGUCGGAUGGCAGUCAAGAAGGCACGCCUGACCUUGCGCUGGGUGGUGCCGCUUCUCUGCAGCCUACCCACCGCGACUUCCAUCAGCGCGGGAGUGAACAUCAGCACCCAUGAGAAUCUCCGCACGGAGGCUGAGCGAUCGGCGUGCGCGGCAUACGCUGGGGAGUACCAGGUGUGGUAUCAGGGUGAGCAGCGCUCUACGAACAUGUUCAUUUAUUGCGACUGCACCGUGACGCAGCCUGGAAUUUUCACUGAUAGCCUUCGUUUCACUAGUGUGUCGUCCCAGUGCCCCCUCCUCCCCUCGUCUCAGUUCUACAAUGAACUCGCACGGGCCUGGCAAGUACGAGUGCUUGUUUCAGAGUGGCACUAUGAUCGCAGGCAAUCAUUACACCAGCUGGAACGCAUACUGGGGCACUAUCGAGUACCGGCUGAUACGCCGCGACUCCUCUUGCAACCCUUUCACGGUCGACUGCACAGGUCGCACUUACAACAACCAGGUGGCAUACUGCCAGUCGCAGGGAUUGUCCAUCGCCAGUAUCCACAACAAUGCCGACAACAACGCGGUCUUGAGCUUGCUCCAAUCUCAGGGAUGCAACGCGUACAUCGGUGCUGAGUCCAACGGAGCCGGCACCUGGUCGUGGAGAGACGGCACACCAUGGGACUACGUCAGUCCGCUGAACGACGGGCUCACUGGUUACAGCGAGACAAAGAUUGCGUACCUUUCUGACGGUUGGUGGCACGAUUGGCAAACGGGGAAUUCUAUUCACGGUGUGGUGUGCCAGGGCGUAGCGUCAACGCCCAGCCCGACGCCCUACCCGACGCCAUACCCGACACCCUACCCCACGCCCUACCCGACGCCUUACCCGACGCCCUACCCGACGCCGAACCCGACGCCGAACCCGACGCCGAAUCCGACGCCGAACCCGACGCCGAGCCCGACGCCGAACCCGACGCCGAACCCGACGCCUUACCCGACGCCUUACCCGACGCCGUACCCGAUGCCGAACCCGACGCCGUACCCGAUGCCGUACCCGACGCCGAACCCGACGCCGAACCCGACGCCGAACCCGACGCCGUACCCGACGGCCUUCCCGACGACGUACCCGACGCCGUACCCGACGCCUUUCCCGACGCCCUUCCCGACGCCCGUCCCGACGCCUUUCCCGACGCCCCGACUUCUUUCCCGACGGCCUUCCCGACGGCCUUCCCGACGUCCUUCCCGACGCCUUUCCCCACGCUUUUCCCCACGGCAUACCCGACGGCCUUCCCGACGGCCAGCCCGACUCCUAGCCCGACGUAUCCUCCUGGUUGGCCGACGCCACAUCCGACGUUUCCGCCUGCAGCUCCCAUGGCGGGCGGAGCUAGCGCCGGCGUGGCUGCCACUGGCGACCCCCACCUUCAAUACCUUCAUGGUGAGCGGUUCGACUUGAUGAAGGUGGGGCAACACGUUUUGAUAAGCAUCCCUCGUGGAAUGGGCGCUGAAGACGCAUUUCUUCGUGUGCAGGCCGAUGCGCGCCGGUUGGGUGGACAUUGUGCCGAUAUGUACUUCCAAGAAGUGAACAUCACAGGGUUUUGGGCAGAGGCCAAACAAGUGGGAGGGUAUCAUUACCGCGCAUUGCAAAGUCCAGUCGAGAUUCCGCAGUGGGUUGCGUUUGGUCCGGUUCAGCUGAAAGUCGUUCAUGGACGUAUUGACGGUGGCCAUUUGUAUCUAAAUGUCUACGCGAAGCAUUUGGGACGAGCAGGGUUUGCCGUUGGAGGUCUGCUGGGGGAGGACGACCACGAAGACGUAAUGCAUUCCCCAGCGGCAUGUGCGGAGCGUGUGUCUCUUUCGCGCGUCCAGUCGGAAGCACGCGGCCCUGACCCCACUAGGGCCUCAGUUGGUGUAGCGACCUUCGCCUGACGGGGCCGUAGCUACCGCGCUGAUGUUUCUUUUCUUGGGCCUCCUAAAACAAGUUUUCUGGUCCCAGAGCAUGGCUCUACGGCUCCCAGAGCCGAGCGAGCUAUGCACCGUGCCGUGUUGGAGCGGGGCCUGAACGGAGUCCAGACAUGUGCAUGGGCUCCGUUCUCUUCCAGAGAAGAAGGCCGCCUCGUCAUCGUGUGCCUGAUGACUGACGUGGUCGUAACCGUCGCCAGUAUGUUUCUGUCCUUGACCUGAAUGAAGCCAGGGACCCUUCCAGCACACCCUCAAGGGUCCUUCUUCCAGGGAUCCUUGGGUUUCCCAUGAGAAGGGUACCUCGAAGAACCCUUCAUGGGGCACUGGACCCUCGAGGAGAGGCCCAUGAAGGUGCGCCUCAAGGCACAGCUUAGAUUGCACCACGCAGAUUGCACCUCCUCGGUU